AUUGUUAGUUCUUGCAGAGGGAGAGAGAAGGGAGAGAACUGCAACUUAAGGGAGAAGGAGAAAGACAGUCUUAAAUGAAUCAUUUCUAAAAGUCUGUCAGAUCUGUUCCUUUAAGACGGAGCAAUGAGCACUGAACUGUGGGUGGGAAACUGGAGACCCCACCGGCCCAGAGGACCCAUUGCAGCGCAUUACAGUAGCCCAGGGCCAAAGUACAGACUUCCGGGAUCUACAGGAUACGUGGAGCACGACGCCACCAAAUUCAAGUCCCCGGCUUUCAGUUUCGGAGUUACGCACGCAAGAUUCACGACCAAUAGCUCCCCAGGUCCGGCUUAUCUGAUCCCAUCGUUCCUGACCAGGAGAGGCAGGGAUGGCACCCCGGCCUAUUCCAUUUAUGGACGGCCUCGAGACAUCAAUCUCUUUCGGACUCCGGGGCCAGGUUCGUAUGCUCCCGAGAGGUCGGGGAAAUCAGCUUACAGUGCAGCUCCGGCAUAUUCUAUCUCAGGAAGGACAAAGGAUUUCAAGCUGGACCAGUCUCCAGGUCCGGCACAGUACAAACUGCCUGCUGUCUUAGGUCCAAACAUCAUGACUAAAUCCUCUUCCGCCAAUUACUCUCUCAGCGGACGCAGUAAAAUAGGCAGUUUUCACGAGGACCUGCAAAAGACCCCAGGUCCUGGUGCCUAUAGUGUCACUGAUCCCAAUGCAUACAAGUACAAACCACCCCAGUACAGUAUGAUGGGUCGUAACCAGCUGCCCGGCGAUUCGACAAGGAAACCGGGACCAGGGAGUCACUGUCCAGAGAAGGUUACAAUCAAUCGAGGUGUGGCUCCUGCGUUCUCCUUCGGAGUCAGGCAUUCAGAGUAUCUGGCACCGCUCAUAGUGGAUGUUGCGUAAUGUCGCCAACCUUAAAUUUGUGCCAGUUUGGGAUUCUGCUCUCCAUAAAACGCCUUGAGAGGUUCUCCCUGCAGAAAGGCGCAAUACAAGUGCAAAUUGUUGUUGAGUUCUUUCUAUCGGCGUUUUCUUCAAAGCAUCUUGUGAAAAUGAUUCGAUUUUGCAUCUUUCGCGCAUGUCAUUUUUCUAUUGUGCUUUUCUUGUCAACAGUAACAUUCUCAACAUAUUGCACUGUACUUUGUUUUUAUUCUUCACUUUAUGAGACUAGAUUAGACUAUGUGAAAGAUGAACGUUUUGCUGCACAUUGCUUUGACUGUAGCUUUAAGAUUAAUGUGACAAAAUGCAAGGAAAGACUGGGAAUAAUUUAGCAGUAUAUCAUAGCAAUGAUUACCAUGUUGAAUGCCUCAAGAAACAUUGUUAAUUUCACCACAUGGUAGAAACUGAAAGCUUUCCCAAUAAGCACAAGGAAUGAAACGUACAUCUAGAAUGAUCCAGAAACAGUCAUUAAAUGAACAGAAUUUUACAACCUGUGGUACUGUAGUAAUUUCUAUUAAUUCAUCAGAAAUCGAUUCAAUUGGACACCAAUCAAUUGCAAGACUGAAUAUGUAACGGACAGAAGCAUUUUGGGGUCAUCUGAAAAAUGGCAAUAACUUAAGUUAUUUUAAAUGUUUCCAAUUAACACAAUGCACAGUUUCUAUUGUUCUACCCCCGGCCGCUGUUCAUUCAGUGACACUAUUAGACAUGCCAAUCAAAACCAUUAAAACAUACCUCUAACCUAGCAUAUUAGGAUGCACAUCAGUAUUGUGUUAAAUAGUUUUAUUUACAAUUUUCCUGAACUGUUGAAUAAAGUAUAUUUGGUGCU